AUGUCGGUACGCAGCUCCACUUCCCUUGUAUCUAUCGGCGUCCUUUUGCUUUCUGCCGUUGCUGUCCUCUGGCUGAACCAUUCCACGCAGGACGCAAAAGCCACGAUUACAGACUGGGUCAAGCCAGGCGACAAGUCUGGAGAAUUCAAGCGGCAGCAAUCGUCCUUCCGGAGCUGGAUAUCCAAAGAUCCCAACUCCGAGUUCCCGGCCGAGAAGGGGAGGUAUCACUUAUAUGUCUCUUAUGCUUGUCCUUGGGCUCAUAGGACACUCAUCGUGCGCAAACUCAAAGGUCUUGAAGACAUCAUAGGCUUCACCAGCGUGCAUUGGCACAUGGGCGAGAAAGGCUGGCGUUUUGCUACUGCCGACGAGAAUCUCCCUGGAGCCAACACCACGCCGGACCCGCUCCACCCGGAAUUCACGCACCUCCGCGACCUCUACUUCGCCGCGAACAAGGACUACGCCGCGCGCUUCACCGUGCCGGCGCUGUGGGACAAGAAGAAGCAGACGAUCGUGUCCAACGAGUCGUCCGAGAUCAUCCGCAUGCUGUACACCGAGUUCGACGACCUCCUGCCGGCCGAGUUCAAGGCGCCCAACGUCGACCUGUACCCGGCCGCGCUGGCGGCCAAGAUCGAGGAGACCAACGCCUGGACGUACGACGACAUCAACAACGGCGUGUACAAGUCCGGCUUCGCGACCACCCAGGAGGCGUACGAGAAGAACGUGGUGCAGCUGUUCAAGUCGCUCGACCGCGCCGAGGCCGACCUGGCGAGCUCAAAGGGCCCGUUCUACUUUGGCGACGCAAUCACAGAGGCCGACGUGAGGCUGUACACCACCAUCGUCCGCUUCGACCCCGUCUACGUGCAGCACUUCAAGUGUAACAUCAGGGACAUCCGCUCCGGCUACCCCAACCUGCACAAGUGGUUGAGAAACCUGUACUGGGACGUCCCUGCCUUUGGCGAGACGACCCAGUUUGAGCACAUCAAGAAGCACUACACAAAGAGCCAUAAGCAGAUCAACCAAUUCUCCAUCACGCCCGUGGGACCUGUCCCCGAUAUUUUGAAGCCAGACGAGGAGGUUGUUGCAGCGGCAAAGAAGUAG